GACCACCUCCCACUCUAGGAGUCAGACGUUUAUCGAGUAAAAGAACGUGCCGAGAUAGACACAUUUGAAAGGGCUUUAACAUGCGAGAAAUUGUGCACCUCCAGGCUGGCCAGUGCGGAAAUCAGAUUGGCGCGAAGUUUUGGGAAGUAAUUUCCGAGGAACAUGGCGUCGAUCCAACUGGCUCUUACAGCGGAGACUCGCAAACACAACUCGACAAGAUAGACGUUUACUAUAACGAGGCCACAGGAGGAAAGUAUGUCCCUCGAGCGGUUCUUGUUGACUUGGAGCCCGGCACAAUGGAUUCUGUACGGUCUGGAGUAUAUGGACAGCUCUUCCGACCUGACAAUUUUGUUUUCGGUCAAAGUGGCGCGGGAAACAAUUGGGCCAAGGGUCAUUAUACAGAGGGGGCCGAGUUAGUGGACUCAGUUUUGGACGUGGUCCGCAAGGAGACUGAAAAUUGUGACUGCGUUCAGGGCUUUCAGUUGACUCAUUCCCUAGGAGGUGGUACUGGGUCCGGCAUGGGUACAUUGCUUAUAUCCAAGAUACGCGAGGAAUAUCCGGACAGGAUCAUGAACUCAUUCAGUGUGGUUCCCUCGCCGAAGGUCUCUGACACAGUCGUGGAGCCGUAUAACGCGACGCUGUCAGUGCAUCAACUCGUUGAAAACACUGAUGAAACCUACUGUAUCGAUAACGAGGCUCUGUAUGACAUCUGCUUCCGAACCCUUAGACUGUCCAAUCCUACAUACGGGGAUUUGAACCAUCUGGUGUCAGCGACAAUGAGCGGUGUGACAACGUGUCUGCGGUUUCCUGGACAGUUGAAUGCUGAUCUGAGGAAACUGGCGGUGAACAUGGUCCCAUUUCCCCGCCUUCACUUCUUCAUGCCAGGGUUUGCACCGCUGACUAGUCGCGGCUCACAGCAGUACCGUGCUCUUACUGUACCAGAACUGACCCAGCAGAUGUUCGACAAUAAGAACAUGAUGGCUGCCUGUGAUCCUAGGCAUGGCCGUUAUCUUACCGUAGCGGCAGUUUUCCGAGGCAAGAUGUCUAUGAAAGAAGUGGAUGAACAAAUGUUGAACGUCCAGAACAAGAACAGUUCCUACUUUGUUGAGUGGAUUCCGAACAACGUGAAGACCGCUGUUUGUGAUAUUCCUCCUCGCGGGCUCAAGAUGUCCUCCACGUUUAUUGGCAACAGUACUGCGAUUCAAGAGCUGUUCAAACGAAUAGGAGAACAGUUUACAGCUAUGUUCAGGCGCAAAGCUUUCUUGCAUUGGUACACGGGGGAGGGGAUGGACGAGAUGGAAUUUACUGAGGCCGAGUCCAACAUGAAUGACCUGGUCUCUGAGUAUCAGCAGUACCAGGACGCCACGGCUGAGGACGAAGGAGAAUACGACGACGACGAAGGCGAUGGCGAAGAGGAAGCCGACUAAAUAUCGAUUCCGCGUCUAUCUAAGUGACAACUAGGAGUUCCAAUACGAGUUGACAUGCUAAGACUUCUUUUAAAUUUAAGCGGAAGAAAUCACUAUGUAGCACUUGUGAGUUCUGUUCGCCUUCGUCUAAUGCUUCAAUUAGUCUUUGGUUAAAAGAUUGUCUAUUCAAGAGAUAAAGAGUCUUUGUUCAACUGGAAUUCUUUUUAUUGAACUUAUCGUUGCUUUAUGAUCACUAACAAGUCCCCAACUUAAACUUAACUUUAAGUAACAAAUUAAUUCAGUGGCAAAAUGACAAAUGGCGUUUCAAGACUGGUAAAAUCAACGCUUAUCUCUAAAAUUCGAUUUUUUUAAAUUUCGAAAUUGCAACGGGAAUCGUAUUAUAUAGUAGAAGAGACUAAUAUAUAGAUGUUAGAAAUAAAUCUAGAAUUUAACCUAACAAAGGUAGAGUCUCGUUUUUUAAACUGAAUUUAUCAGAACUAAUACGAAUAUUAUUUUUAUACUUUUAAUUGUUUUUAUUCAUGAUUAUUGAUUGAAGGAUUUAAAUUGUUUCUUUGA